GAAGAAGAAGUGCCACCUUGUCCGUGACGCCGUGGCUUUACUCAGUUCCCGUUCCCUCCUCUCCCCCUUCAGUUCUCUGCCUUCUCUCUCUCUCUCUCUCUCUCUCUCUAUCUUCAUGGGGAAUUACAGAUUCGGCAGCUGAUAUCACUUCCUCUCCUUCUUGUCCGGUUUAGAGAGGGGUUUACUAUAUGAUGGAGGCCUGCGAUUGCAUCGACACCCAAUGGCCUCCUGGAGAACUACUUGUGAAGUAUCAGUACAUAUCGGACUUCUUGAUUGCUUUGGCAUAUUUUUCGAUUCCCCUCGAGCUCAUAUACUUUGUGCAAAAAUCUGCGUUCUUCCCAUAUAGAUGGGUGCUGAUGCAGUUUGGUGCGUUCAUUGUUCUUUGUGGGGCGACUCACUUUAUAAAUCUGUGGACAAUGAAUAUCCAUUCAAAAGCUGUUGCUAUGGUGAUGGCAAUUGCGAAAGUUUCUUGUGCCAUUGUGUCAUGUGCAACAGCUUUGAUGCUUGUCCACAUAAUUCCUGACUUGCUGAGCGUAAAAACUAGGGAAUUGCGUUUGAAGAGUAAAGCUGAAGAGCUCGACAGAGAAAUGGGCCUCAUUCUUACACAAGAAGAAACUGGACGGCACGUUAGGAUGCUAACUCAUGAGAUUAGAAGUACUCUUGACCGCCAUACUAUACUGAAAACAACUCUUGUAGAAUUGGGGAGGACAUUAAGGCUUGAGGAAUGUGCCUUGUGGAUGCCAUCACGAAUGGGCACGACCUUGCAGCUCUCCCAUACUCUACACCAUCAGCUAUCGGUUGAAUUUACCAUUCCGAUAAACCUUCCCACAGUCAAUGAAGUUUUCAGUAGUGGACGAGCGAUGCGUAUUCCCUAUACAUGUCCUCUGGCUAGGAUCAGACCUCUUGUGGGCAGAAAUAUGCCACCAGAAGUUGUCGCAGUUCGAGUACCUCUCUUGCACCUAUCAAAUUUUCAGAUUAAUGAUUGGCCUGACCUUUCGGUGAAAAGCUACGCAGUGAUGGUUCUGAUUCUCCCUACAAACUGUGGUAGACAAUGGCGAGAGCAUGAGUUGGAACUUGUUGAAGUUGUUGCGGACCAGGUAGCUGUGGCUCUCUCACAUGCUGCUAUUCUUGAAGAAUCCAUGCGAGCUCGGGAUCAGCUUGUUGAGCAGAAUAUUGCUUUAGAUUUAGCUCGCCGCGAGGCAGAGAUGGCAAUCCAUGCUCGCAAUGAUUUCCUAGCAGUAAUGAAUCAUGAAAUGAGGACACCAUUUCUUUCAAUUAUUGCGCUCUCUUCACUGCUUCUAGAUAACGAAUUGGCUCCCGAACAAAGGGUUAUGAUUGAAACCAUACUGAAGAGCAGCAACCUCUUGGCGACACUUAUUAAUGAUGUUCUUGACCUUUCUAAACUUGAGGAUGGCAGCCUCGAGCUAGACAUUGGAACAUUCAACCUUCCUGGUAGCAUCAGAGAGGUUAUUAAUUUGAUAAAGCCCAUUGCUUCUGCGAAAAAACUAUCCAUGACUGCAUUUCUGGCUCCUGACCUGCCUACCCAUGCUGUUGGCGAUGAGAAACGCCUUAUGCAAACUAUGCUAAAUAUAAUUGGGAAUGCGGUGAAGUUCACAAAGCAAGGCUAUGUAUCAGUUGUAGCUUCCAUUGCAAAACCAGAGUCUUUAGCGGAGUGGCGACCACCCGAUUUCCAUCCAGUCUUUAGCAGUGCCCACUUCUACCUGAGAGUGCAGGUUAAGGACUCUGGCUAUGGCAUACAGCCACAAGAUAUUUCUCAAAUAUUUACGAGAUUUAUUCAUCCUCAAAGUGGAUCUAAUCGAGGUAGUGGCGGUGCAGGACUUGGACUUGCCAUUUGCAAAAGAUUUAUAAAUCUCAUGGGAGGUCACAUAUCCAUCGAGAGUGAAGGCCACGACAAGGGCACCGAAGUCACUUUUAUCAUCAAACUACAGAAAUGCAGCAAUGCAAAUGACUCGGCAGCACACAAGAGCACACCUAGAGCUCAGUCUGGUCAUGGAAGCGCCGAUUUUGCUCAGCACAAACCUCACAGAGAUACUGACAGAACGGUCCCCUCUAGCUCCCAGUAUCAAAGAAGUUUUUGAAGUCUCGAAUGCAAGUUGGUGUAUCCCAACGAGGUCUUCCCAAGAUAUUGUUCAGGUGAAAAAUGGGUAUUAACUGCAUAAUGCCUCUUCAUCUUGGAGGCCUACACAUCUGAUACUUGAGUGAUACUUCAAAGCAUCAACUUUAUGUCUUGAUUAGAGAGGUCUCGAGGUUGUGAGUAAGAAGUUUUGCAGGGAGGCCCUUCUAUUUUUUUGUAAGUAAAAGAGUUUUUGUAUGAUCCAGUAAUUAUCAUAUACUACUGAAGGUGGAUUGGGAUGAAUUCUCUAGAACGCGGGGGAGCUGACGCAAGUGUCCAAGCAGUCUUGUGAGUAUAACUUUCUGACUGUUCCAGUAGAAUAACCGUUGAUCCCUGUACUCUCAGUUUUCUUGCGUCUGCACUUGCCCUACAUAAUCGUAGGAACCAGGUCCAUGAUGCACUAUUGUAUAGUUUGGGAUGAUUCGCAAUGAUGAUGGUUCACAUUCUCUA